AAAAUGUUGAAAAACUGUUGAGCCUUAAAGAUGCAAACGGCCAUGGACACGGCCGCCAUGGCCCUGGGCUCCGGCCUGAGCUCCUCCGGCUCCAGUUCCGGUCCAGGCAGCAGCAGCAGCAGCGGGAGCAGUGGCAGCAGCAGCAGCGGCUAUGGCAGCGCCACAACCACGCCCACCAGCGGCGGUGGCCACUAUGAGGCAUCACCCACCACGAUGCCCAUGGCCACGAUUGCCACUGUGGCUCCCUUCUACAGCGAGGCUCUGACCUCCUUGGAUGCCCAGCAGCGGCAGCAGCAGCAUCAGCAUCAGCAGCAACAGCAACAGCAUCAGCAGCAGCAGCAGCAGCAACAGCAGCCGAGUCCGGGUCACUAUUACCAUCAAAACUAUGGGUAUAGCAACUCCCUGCCCCUGGAUCCAGCCUACAAUUACAGCGGCUCACCGUACAACGCUUACAGUUCCGGACAGCAGCUGUCGGGGAAUACGUAUCCAGUGACUGGAAGUCGUUAUGAAAAGUUGGCCCCCAGCACGAUACCAAAAUACGGAGGAGCAGGAAGUUCAAUUGGUUCAGGUGGCAGCGGAGGAGGGAGUACAAGUCUAAAGCCUCAAGCCACGGCCACGCCCUUUUACGCCCAGUCACUGUCCGGCGGAGGAGCAGCUGGAUCUGGCGGCUAUAUGUCCCAAUCGAAUCCCAUGUACGAUCCCUACAAGUACAAGAUGCCAGCCCAGGCGACGGCUCAGCCGACCAUGAUGACGAGCAGUCAAGUGGCUAGCAAUCCCAAUCCCUAUGGCCAUGGGUUGGCCCUUAAUCCCAAUUCCCAGAAGCAGACCCAGAUGCACUCACUCCCUCAGCAGUCGCAGCCGCAGCUUACCCAACUGGAGGCGAACUAUGCGGCCAUUAAGCCUAGCCGAAGUUACCAGGCCAUGCCUGCGGUCGCCUAUGGGGGAACUGGAGGAGGACCUGGUGGUGGCAGCACCAUGCCAGGCAGUGGCAGCGGAGGAGUACCUAGUAAUCUAUCGGGGGCCACAUCGGCUCAAUAUUACGACAAGUACGGGAUGCCCAUGUCCAUGUAUUCCCCAAAUGGCGGACUACCCAUGUACAAUCCGGCGGAUUUGGGUCCCGAACCUGGGUACCGGAAGACUGGAAACAAUUGUCACUGGAGUGUGGACUAUAAUGCGCCCAAUUGCAGAACUCUGCCACAGGCGCCGGCGGUGGUCAAUAGCUCCUAUCAUCAUCCGCAUCCAGGACCUGGUCCCGGACCCACCAACACUGACCUUUACUAUGGUUCCACGAAGUACGACAAGUAUGGUGGCAGCGGAGGAGUCACGCCCUAUGCCAGCAAUCCCUAUGCAGGACCAGCGAUCACACAGUCAUAUGCCGGCAGGAAUCUAUGGUCGGGAGCGGAGAAUCCGCCAGCAAAUCCCCGCCAGAAUUGCUGCUCCCAGGGUUAUGCCUUGAACCAGCAGGGUUGCUAUUACCCCAGGAGCAAUGGGUACGGUUCGCUGGGACCGGCAUCAUAUGCGGCGACGGGCAGUGUGCCACAAGGACAGAGCCAAUAUCCUGGCGGUGGCACCACCGCCGCCGCUUCCAUGAAGCUCAAGCAUCCGACUGACAUGUAUGUGGGUCAUGCCCCGUAUGAAGCCACGCCCACGCAACUGGGAUAUGGAUAUAACCACCCACAGGCACCGCCCGGAUCCACAACAUCGAAUAACAUGAGCACUCAGAGGUAUGCAGUGCCACCUUUGGGUCUGGGAAUGGGCAUGGGAAUCGGAGUGGGCAUGGGCAUGGCCAUGGAUCCCGGCAGCGGGGGCUACUACAACGAUCUCAAUCUGAACAGUCUGGACAGCUAUGUGAACCAGACGAUGCCACCGCAGCAAUCCCUACGAAGUCAGCCCUAUCCGGAUUAUCGCAAGAGAUCCGCACUGGUUGGUAAUACGUCCUCAACGAAUUGUUACCUGGGACAGGGAGGAAGUGGAGCAGGUCCUCUUACCGGCAGUAUAAGUGGACCCCUCACCAAUCUCGAUGCCCAUGUGGACAGCUAUGUGGGCUAUAAUCUCCAUGCCACUGCCGCCGCCAAUCUAAACUACAGCGUGGACUCCUCGAAAGCGGCCGCUGUAGCUGCCUCCAACGCUCAGUCCAACAAUAUUCGCGACUUUCUCUCCACCUGGAAGGUGGAUGAUGAGGACGAAGCGGGUGCGGUUCUGGAAAUGGAGCCUCCACCGGCCAUUGCUGUGGUGGCGCCCGUGCCCAACACGACAGUCAACUUUAUGUACGAAUCUCUGCCUCCUACGGGACCACAGGCCACAGCCGUGGUGGAUCAUCAGGGCAUGAAUUUGCCCGACAUCAUCAUAGACAUUGAGAAGGCGAAUGGGAAUGGCAUUCCUUCUGGGACAACAACCAGUGUGGAUGAUUCCUUUGCCAGCUUCGAUGUGGAAAAGGAGCUGGAUGAGUUGCGUCUCAAGACCUGUGUCACAGAGCAGCCGGUCAACGAUAGCGAUGCCCUGGCGGAGAUCCUACGACAACCGGAAGCAGCAAAUCUAAUUGCCAGUGAACCACAACCAGCAAUGCCUCUGCCCAGUCCCAUUCUCAGCAGCAACACUGAGAACUUUGAUAACGUUAUCCAACCCUCACAACCUGCUCCGCCGACGGUCCUGGACUUUGACCAGAACAACAGCUCGAAUUCGAAUGAAUCCACCUUUGCCAAGCAGUAUGAGACCUUUAUACACAAAAUCGAGGGCUCUGAGAGUGAAACGGAGGAGACAAAUCCCCAGGAUGAGGAUGAAUACAGAGAGAAUCCCAAGCGAUUUAAGUUCUACAAGAGAAAGCGACGAACCACUGAGCAGCAGAAUAGCCUCCAAGGGAACAAGGAUGAAGAGGAAGUACGGCCAAUGGAAGAGGUGAUACCAAGUCCCCCGGUGAAAGUCCUUUCCCCGAAAGCAUCGGCCAGAGCUAGUCAGAAGCUACUCGCCAAAAAGCGACGCAAUCGCAUCAAAAUGCUAAAGAUCCUGGAGUUCGAGAGUCCAAAGAUUAAGUAUCGUCAUUAUUUCAAGGCCCUGAAACUCUAGAAGCGAGCCGCCUCUAGCCGAACCAGGGAGCUGCGACAUCUGCUGGAGAAGCAGUUGAGCCGGCAUAGAGAGCACCGCCUGCCGCUGAUCAAGAGGCUCAUCAAGAAGUACAAACCCAGCCAGGAGCUACACAAUCCGCCCAGUCUCAAAGGACUGAGUGUGUCGGUCUUGAAUUCCUCGGAAUUUCGAAGCAGUUUGCUGAGUGGCACGGAUCGGGAGACGGUCAUCAAAAGUGUCUACAGCUACAAAGACAAGACUGAGGAAGAGGCUGGUGGAGUUCUGAAUCUUGAGGAGCAGAGCCUGGAUACCAUCAAGUCCCUGGAGCUACAGCCAAGCUUUAAGGGCUUCGAUGACUUUGAGAAUACGAAUUUGUCGCCAAAAAUUAAGCUGAGAGUGGAGCAGGAGGAGGAGGAGGAGCAGAAGCCUGCCACUGAAGGAGAAACUCCAGCAGAACCAGGUGCUGUUCCCAACAAAGAGGAGCAAAUCCAGGCCUGGCUGAGGAAUAAUAUGGAGGAUAAUGUUACGCCCACUCCGGAGCCAAGCCAACCGGUGAUUAAAAUAAUCCUCUCAUCAUCCUCAUCCUCAUCCUCUUCGUCGAGUUCGAGUUCCAGUAGUAGCUCCAGCUCAGAUGAUGAUACCAGCAGUACAACCAGCAACCAGGCAGGAGGAGAAGGAGAAGGAGUAGAAGGCGGAGAGGUGGCUUCCAGUGGCAGCAGUAGCUCAAGCAGCAGCAGCAGUAGCAGCAGCAGCAGUUCCGCAAGCUCACCGGAAAGCGACUUCAAUGAGCUGGCCGCCCUGGAAAGGGAACUCUCCCAAUCCCAAACGAAACCAGAAGAAUCUAAGCCAGCUCAACAGUCUCCCCUUGAGAUGAUCAAGAUCGAGAUGAAUACGGAGGAGGGAGACGAAGGGGUCUCCAAUCACGAUAUUGCCAAACUAAAGAAGAUCCUGGAGAGCGAUAGCGAGGAGCUGGCCACCAGUUCCCGCUUUGCCAGCGUACCAAAGCUAAGUGACCUUAGUAAGAUUGCCUUAAAUAGUUCCUUAAAGACAGAAGAAGAGUUAGUAGUCGUAAGAGAGAGUGCAUCCGAGGAAUCUCCCAGGGUGAGCAAUCCUGCUGCCCGAGAGCUGAGCGUGGAGGAGGCCCUGGCGGAGAUGUAUCAGCAAGGUGUGGCCUCUGAUCCCGAGGAUUUCGAGGGCAAGGAGAACGACGAGGAGCCGGAUCACAAUGGUCAGGAUGUGCUGCUCAUCAAUCUGGCCGAGAUCUUUGACUCCAGCAGCGAUCUCUAUGUGGUUCAGUGCGACAUGAACGAGAAUAUAUUGAACGUGGUGGCCAACGGAGAGGAGGAGGACGAGGAGGAGGAGGAUCAGGAGAUGGUGGAGAAUCAGGCCGACGAAGAACUCGUUCAGGUUAAUCCUGAGGUGGCCGCGCAGGUCAACACUUUGCAGCUCAUCCAAUUGCUGGCGGAACCACAGCCCGAGUUCGAUGCCAAUACGCCUUUGAUCCAUCACGAGGAGAUAAUCCGUGACGAGAAAUCCGAUCCGCAACAAGAUCGCCGCCAAUUGCUCAAGUAUCUCCAUGGAAAGUAUGUCCAGAGUCGGAUCAGUCGCUACUACCAUGUCCAUCGCAUCCUGCGGAAGUACAAGCGCCAGCGGGCGGGCAAGAAGCGGAGGAGCCGCCGCAGGAUCACCUAGGAUACCAGCUUCUACCAAAGAUAUUUCUGGUCCCUGGACAGGAUAGAUGUGUGAGGCUUAAGUAGCACACACACACACACACACAAGCAGCUAAACUUUUUACCAGAAUCUCAAGACUUUUUUUGCUUUUUAAAUAUUUGAAUUUGUUUUAGGAAGUGGAAUAUUUUAGGGAAAUCAUAUUACUUUUGAAUAAUUUUACGAUACUUAUUUUACUAACGAUAUAGAGAGAGAGUAUCAUAUAUAGAUAUAUAUAUAGUAUAUUUUAGAUAUCUGUGCAAUAUUUACAUGGAAAAAUGUCGUGUUUAUCUGAAAUCCGCGAUUCGAAUCUCGAUGAAUGGGUUAAGCAUGAGUAAGCAGCGUUAGGUGACGAGGAGGGUUAAUUUCGGGGGCAAAGUCGGGGAGUUCGAGUCGCGUGCAAUUAACGAGAUAUAGUAUAUAUAUAGAUAUGUGUAUACCUUAUGUUAUCUUCUAAUGUAUCAGCGUUUUAGUCGCUCAGCGAGUUGGGCCAUUUUAAAAUGCUUUUCGCCAAAGGUCAGGCGCAGAUUUGAGAUACAUUUCGCAUUAUACAUAUACAUAUAUAUACAUAUAUAUAUGUACGUUCCAGUUGCGUGUCAGCCUCGGCCUUCGUAGUUUAAUUUUGUUUUAGAUAUAAAAAUAUAUUGCCACCAAAUGCAGCCUAGACCAAAAAGUAAACCAUACAUAUAUAGUGUUCGAUCUGUUAGAAGCCCAAGACUUUGUUUGUUUGUUUUGUUUUCUGUUUAGAGCAAUUCUUCUUUGUUAGGUUCCUAGAGCAAUUUGUUAUCAUCGGUUUUUUUAGGGGGAUUACCAAUAGUGUUAAGCUUUAAGCCCCCGCUAUUCCUAUACCAACCAAAAGCACCAGAGUUCCGCGGCAAAAGACCAUCCCGAAUUGAUCCAGGCAGAUCUUUAUGGCAUAUAAAAUAUAAUUCGUUAUGGCGAAACCUUAACAAAUUCAAAACGCUGGACUUGUGUAAAACGCAGAUGCAGAAUAUGAAAAAUAAAACUUAUAUAUAAAUACAUAUUUAUAUAUAAAACCAAGGGCAAUGCCAACUGUGGAACAGACUUCGGGUGCUGUUUUUUUAAGUCUUACUAAAAUCUGAAUGUAAUCUAAUCUUAUAAUCGAAACCACCUAGAUGUCUUUUUCUCUCUCGUAACACAUUCCAAAGGACCAACUUUUUAGGAAACUAUAUACACUAUCUAUAAACUGAACACGAAUCAAGAAACUACUAUCUAAUGUCUAGCAAAAUCUCUAAAUGUACGUUCUUUCGUUUGUUAUUUGUAAUUUGUUAAAAAUCUAAAUAAUACGCUUAAUUUUAGUACAAAAGAACAGCAAAAUGCAAGAGCUAGCCCACUAAAUGUAGUAAUUAGUGUUUAGCAGUAACUAUAAUAUUAUUGCGCAAUAUGUACAUACACACCCCCACCCGACUCUCACAUUCUAUACAUACCCCAAUGGAUAUAUCUGUAUGUAUUUUCUAGCUGUACAAUUUGUAUAUCAGAAGGUUUUCAUUGUACCCCUUAGCGUUAAGAUUUGUGACUAUAUCAAUGUGAGUGUCUUUGAGCAAAAAACCAAACAAAAGGAACGAUAUACGAAAUACUAAA